AUGUCCAAUGUAAAUUGUUACUUCCACUCUGAAAUUCAGACGAUGAUUGAUAUGCAGCGGUUUAAAAAGCUGUACCAGAAAUGGAAUCCGAGGACUAAGAUAGAAAAUGGUCUAACGAUUGCUAUGUAUUCGAAAUCUCUGAAGGACAAGUGGAGUCACGACACUUGCCAAAUUGAUUCGUUGUUCGAGUUAAUGGAUAUCAAAUCUGCCGGUCAUCAGUCUAUCAACGGAAUUUCACCUUGUUCUCUGGAGACACCAGUGGUUAGCUACAGCUGUUCACCUCCUCCCUGCAGAGGUAGAUUAGUCGAACCGGUAAUUCAUCAAGAUGAUAGGAGUGGUAAGAAGUUUAAAAAACUUUGGCAUAUAUUUAGAAAAACAAAGGGAUAUUGUCAACCUCAAGAGCAAUUGGGAGAUGUUGGAGCCAUUGAACCACAAAUAAUAUCAGGAUAUAAAGGAAGCUCAGGAGUUCAAGAUACGCUGCAUCAAUCACCAGCUAGGAUGAUGACACAUCAUUCUCUGCAAAAAACACAUAGAUAUCAUCGAUCCUCUCACUACAAGAACAAAUUGAAAGGUGACGCUAAUAAUUCAAGCACUUACUAA